AUGUUACCACAACUUCAAGCAAUUCCGAACAAAGUAUUCGUGGAGAAGACAGUUCCAAUAGACGUACAAAAGUUGGAUUUAGUUGAAUACACAAAAAAGUUUGUGAAAAUUCUUAAGGAAACAUCAGAAUUCUUGGAAAACAGAUUUCACUUUAAAUCUUUUCAAAAUAAAUCAUUUGAAAAAAUCCAGUCAACACUUGACACUAAAAGAAUAUCAUCUGUAGUCAAUCCUGACAUGCUGAAGGAACUAGAAAUCUAUGCUGAGACUUGGAUUAAUCAACUAGAACAAAGAUGGCUUAUAUUAGAAUCCCAAGUAAUGGAUUACACAAAUGAAGCUAAAAAUAACCUAAAAUUUUUAAGUACACUGGAAGAAUAUUGUGAACCAUUGUACAGAUGUGAUCCAGUCGGAAUGUUGGACAGUAUACCGAAACUUGUGACAAUGAUUCGUCUAGUUUAUGAGAUAUCUACAUUUUAUAAUACACAAGAAAAAAUCACUUCACUAUUUGUCAAGGCCACUAAUCAAAUGAUAUUUGCAUGUAAAGCAUAUAUUACUAAUAAUUAUCAAAGUACAAUUUGGACAGAGGAAACAGAAAUCAUUUUGAAAAAGAUUAUAGAUUGCUGUAAUUUACAUCAAGUUUAUAAGAAUUCAUUUCAACGAAUCAAAACAGAAUUAGCUGCUAAACCGAAUUCAAAACAAUUUGAUUUAUCUGAAAUACAUAUAUUUGGUAAAUAUGAUUUAUUCUGUCAAAGAUUGGGUGAAAUUAAUGACAUAUUCCAAAUGAUCUCAUCGUAUUCUUGUUUGCUAGUGUCAAAAAUUGAAAAAUUAGAUCCACUUAUUGAGAUGUACAAUUUCGCUGUAAAUAAACUACGAAAUAGUGAAUUUGACUUUUUGGACCAACGAAAAACCGAAGUCGAUGACUGUAUCAUUGAGUUUAAGAAGAAAAUGAGUGAUAUACGGACUAGUUUAAGAUUCCUACUCGAUACAGAAAUGAACAGGCAUCAUGAUCUACAAAGAAGUUUACGUAUUAUUGGACAGUUUGAAAAGUUAAACUUACCGAAUUUGGGUGUAGAUGAAGCACAUAUAAAAUCAUUGCAUCGUUUUUCUCAGCUUAUAGAGCAUGUUAGUAAAGAAUACAGUAAAUUUAAAGCUUCACCACCAAUUGGUCGUGAUAUACCUCCAAUAGCAGGUAAAAUUUCCUGGGCAAAAGAGUUAUAUCGAAGAAUUGAAAGUCCAAUGCUUAUGCUCACCGAUAAAAUCAAAUUGAUGCGAUCAAAGGAAGGCAAAGAAAUUACUAAAAAGUAUAAUAAGUUAGCUGAAGUUUUGAUCACCUACGAAAUGGUUCAUUAUCGUAAUUGGAUUAACCAGAUAUCCUUUGCAAAAGUUGGUUUACGUGAUCCUUUACUUUAUCAAGAUGAAAGGACUAAUCGUAUUAUUGUUGCACUUGACCCAGAAAUUUUAGUUGUCUAUCGAGAAAUAGAAUUAUUUUCGAAAUGGGGAUUAGAUAUACCUGAAAUUGCCGUGGAAUUAAGUAAAAAAGAAACCCAAUUAAAAUUACAUUAUAAUAAAUUGAAAUCAAUGUUGACCAGUAUAAAUGAAAUAGAAGUUAAUCUAGAUCCAAUGUUUAUCAAAUUAAUGCGAGCACAGUUCGCACAUUUGCAAAAUUUAUUAAAACCUGGUUUAUCUUUAUUGAACUGGACAAGUCUUGGAAUCAACCAUUUCAUUGGUGAUGUAACCAGUUAUAUAAAUCAGUUGAAGUUACUCAGUGAACGUGCAAAUGAUCUGAAAAAAUACCGAAUAGAACAAAUUUUAAACGAAAUAUCUAAUAUAACUUUAUGCGAACUAAGUGAUUCAGAACCGUGGACCAUAGAUUAUUUCUUAGAACAUACCAAUUAUCUGUGUAGUAAAGCUGGGGAUAUCUUGCAAAUCAAAAGUCAAGUUAUUCAGGAUUCAGUGCAUGAAUUGAUUGAUAUGCUUUGCGGUGCGUAUCGAUUACAGUUGAUGCAAGAAGAGGAAAAGGACGAAAGAAACAUGACUUGUAUCAAAGGAUCUGGAAAAUCAACACUGUCUUCACAAAAGUCAAUAUACCCAGAGAGUGCAGUUUCAAGGACAACAGGUACAAAAAGUGCAAGAGAAUGUCGUAAACGAUUAGUUGAAGAUGCUGCACUCAGGGUAUUAGAGCAUUUUCAUCAGAGAACUGUGGAUACUUUAACUAAAUUAAUUCGUAAUACUUUGGAUAAUCUUCGUAAAUGUUUAACUUUGCCUUCAAUUUUAGCCUAUGAUAGUGUGAAUUCAGAUGGAUCAGUUCAACUUUAUUUUUCAUGCCAUGCACAGUUAUCCAUACCAUCAAUUAUACUACAUCCGUCUCUUGAUGAUUUUCAGAAAGCGUUGAAUACUGCUACACAUUUAAUUAUAUCUGUUACUCGUCACAUUUCAGUGUGGGAUUUAAGGCUACGUAAUCCACAUGGCUUAAAAGAGCAUUCUGAAAUUGAAGAAAGCUUUUCAUCAAUUGAAGAAGUUAAAAAAUCAAGUCAAACAGACAGUUCAACGCAUUCGGGUAAUGAAUUGACUAGAGAAAUAACUGUAUCAUCUGGGACUAACGAACUAAUAACCUAUACAACAGAUGAGCGCUUCAGUGUUGCAGAUGAUGAAUAUGAAAAUAAAGAUGAUGAAAAUUACUUUAAUAAAAUUUCUCAAAAUAAGGAGAUAAAUAAACUAAGGGGAAUGCUUACAAAUGCUUUCUCAUCGAUUCAGCAGGACAAGCAAACUUUUGAUGGAAAAUAUCCAAAAUUAUCUCGUUAA